UGGCUGCCGUAAAGCCGCUCGCUCAGCGCGACGCAAGUGCCCGCUGCGCGCCUCUCUGGGCUAAGCCAGCGCCACGGCACCCCCCGGACGCGGGACAGGGUUCCGGGCUGCGCUCCUCUCCCGCCAGGGCAUCCUCCCCUCCGGGGGCCCCAGUCCCCAAGGUGGACCCGGCGGUGGCAUCCUCAGACCGGGCCGCGGGGGGAGGGGCGGCCUGGAGACAGUGGCGGGGUCAGCACCGGCCACGGAAAGCGGGGCCAUGGAGCCCAGAGAGUCGGGGAAGGCUCCUGUGACGUUUGAUGACAUCACAGUGUAUUUGCUUCAGGAGGAGUGGAUGCUGCUGAGUCAGCAGCAGAAGGAGAUCUGUGGUUCUGACAAGCUGGUGGCACCACUGGGAUUGUUAUAGAGGUUUAAUGAGAUAAAACAACGUACAACUUGGGGCCCGUGUAGGUAUUUUUCAUCCUUUUAGUUUUCUGAGUGUCCUCUCUCUGCCUCUAUGGGUAAACUUCCUGUGCCACGGACAGAGAACCAACUCUUGCCAGUUCCGAGCUGUUCUAUAAAUUUGAGCAAGGACCAGAGCCCUGGCUGGCCAAUGUCCAGGACCAGAGGAACCUCCUGAACUGCCACCCUGGAAAAAACAAGAUGGGCUUCGUGGAGGAGACGGACUUGCAAAAGCCAGCCCGAGAAACUGGACCGUACCUGCCACCCGAGAAGAAGGCUUGUCUUUCCCACUUCAGCUCUGAGAGUGGCAGCAUCGAGGUAGACUGUACAGGAAAAAGCAGAAAACCCUUGAAACCCCGCUCCAUCCAGAAGUCGUGGUUUGUGCAGUUCCCAUGGUUGGUCAUGAACAAGGAGCAGACGGCUCUCUUUUGCUCUGCCUGCCGAGAAUACCCAGCUGUCAGGGACAGACGGUCAAGACUGAUAGAAGGUUAUACAGGCCCAUUCAAGGUGGAGACUCUCAAAUACCACGCCAAGAGCAAGGCCCACGUGUUCUGUGUCAAGGCCCUGGCAGCCCGGGACCCCGUCUGGGCAGCCCGUUUCCCGAGCAUCCGGGAUGUGUCUGGAGAUGAACUGGCCGACCCAGGGCACCUUUUCACGGCAGAUUAUCCCACAUUUUACCCCCCAGGGCUGCUCGGGGCCCGUGAUGACCUGAGCCAGCUCCUGCCCAGCUCCAGAACUGCACUCAAGGACCCUGGAGGGAAUGGAGCAAUUCCUGCCUUGUACCUAGACUGCAUUUCCGAUUUCAGGCAAAAAGAAAUUGCUCAUGACACCCGCAGCUCCUCAGUCAUUGACAUUUUAUGUAAUGACUCUGCUGAACCCUGUGACCAGGAUCCUUCUGAAGAGGGGCCGUUCGAGGAGGUUCCCGUGGUGUUUGAGGACGUGGCGGUGUAUUUCACCCGGGAUGAGUGGGGCACGCUCGACAAGCGGCAGAAGGAGCUGUACAGAGACGUGAUGCAGAUGAAUUAUGAGCUGCUGGCAUCCCUGGGGCCUGCCGCUGCCAAACCAGACUUGAUCUCCAAACUGGAGCAGAGAGCUGCACCGUGGAUCAAGGACCCACACGGGCCAACGUGGGGGAAAGGCCGUCCUCCAGGGAAAAAGAAGAUGGUGGCCGUCAGAGAGGCGCACACACUGGCCUCGGCGGUAGACUCUGCAACGCUUCCAGCCUCUUCUAGGGAGACGCGUACCUCCUACUGCCGUCCCAGCCUUUGUGAAGCAGAAGUGGGUGGACGGAGGAAAGUCAAGAGGACUUACAGGCCCCGCUCCAUUCAGAGGUCGUGGUUCGGGCAGUUCCCGUGGUUAGUAAUUGACCCCAAAGAGACCAGGCUCUUCUGCUCGGCUUGCAGAGCAAGACCUAGCCUCCACGACAGAUCAUCCCGGUUAGUCCGAGGCUACACGGGUCCUUUUAAAGUGGAGACUUUAAAGUACCACGGAGUCAGCAAAGCACACAAGCUCUGUGUCAACACUGUGGAAGUCAAGGAAGACGCCCCGCUGGCCGCCCCGGUGCCCGAGAUCUCCAGUGACCUGAUGGCCAACAUGGAGCACUUCUUCAACGCCGCCUACUCCAUCGCCUACCACUCUCGGCCCCUGAACGACUUUGAGAAGAUCCUGCAGCUCCUCCAAAGCACUGGGACCAUGAUUCUGGGCAAGUACCGAAACCGCACCGCCUGCACCCAGUUCAUCAAAUACAUCUCCGAGACCCUGAAGAAGGAGAUCCUGGAGGACGUCCGGAGCUCCCCGUGUGUCAGCGUGCUGCUGGACAGCACCACGGACGCCUCCGAGCAGUCCUGUGUGGGCAUUUACCUCCGCUACUUCAAGGGGCUGGAGGUGAAAGAGUCGUACCUCACUCUGGCCCCGGUCUACAGCGAGACGGCGGAUGGGUACUUUGAAACCAUCGUGUCUGCCCUGGACGAACUGGAUGUCCCCUUCCGGAAGCCGGGCUGGGUGGUGGGCCUGGGAACGGAUGGCUCGGCCCUGCUGAGCUGCAGAGGCGGCCUGGUGGAGAAGUUCCAGGAAGUCAUUCCCCAGCUGCUGCCCGUCCACUGUGUGGCCCACCGGCUCCACCUGGCUGUGGUCGACGCCUGUGGGGGCAUCGACCUGGUCAAGAAGUGUGACCGGCACAUCCGGACUGUCUUCAAGUUUUAUCAGUCCUCGAACAAGAGUCUGAGAGAGCUGCAGGAAGGCGCGGCGCCGCUGGAGCAGGAGAUCCUCCGCCUGAAGGACCUGAAUGCUGUCAGGUGGGUGGCCAGCAGGAGGCGCACACUGGAUGCACUCCUCGUGAGCUGGCCCGCCCUGGCCAGGCACCUCCAGAGGGUGGCAGAAGCGGGUGGCCAGGUCGGGCACAGGGCCAAAGGCCUGCUGAAGCUGAUGAAGAACUUCCAUUUCGUCAAGUUCUGCCACUUCCUUUUGGACUUCCUGAGCAUCUACAGGCCCUUGUCGGAGGUGUGCCAGAAGGAUAUGGUGCUGGUCACGGAGGUGAACGCCACGCUGGGACGGGCCUAUGUGGCCCUGGAGACCCUCCGUCUCCAGGCAGGGCCCAAAGAGGAAGAAUUCAACGCAGGCUUCAGAGAUGGGCGGCUCCACGGCAUCGUCUUGGACAGGACGGAGACAGCAGAAGAGCGGUUCCAGGCAGACAGGGAGAGGGUGAUCCUGACGGGGGUGGGGUACCUCCAGCGGAGGUUUGACGCCCCCCGUCCCGCACCCCUCAAGAGCAUGGAGGUGUUUGACACCCUGGCCUGGCCCCGUGGGACAGAACUUGCCGCUUUUGGGAAUGACGAUAUUCUUGCCCUGGCCCGGUAUUUUGAGCUCUCGCUGCCCCCAGGGUACAGCGAGGAAGCACUCCUGGAGGAGUGGCUGGGCCUGAAAGCCCUGGCCCAGAACCUGCCAUUCUCCAUGCUGUGCAAGAACACCCUGGCCCAGCGCUGCCGCUUCCCCUUGCUGAGCAGGCUCGUGGCGGUGGUGGUCUGUGUGCCCAUCUCCACCUCCUGCUGUGAGCGCGGGUUCAGUGCCUUGAACCGGAUCAGGACCGAUGAGAGGACCAAGCUCUCCAACGAGGUGAUCAACAUGCUCAUGAUGACAGCGGUGAACGGUGUGGCCGUCGCAGACUAUGACCCCCACCCUGCUAUCCAGCACUGGUACCUGACCUCCUCAGGCCGGCGUUUCAGCCACGUCUACACCUGUGCCGGAGUGCCACCCGGCUCCCACACAAGUACGUACACGCGGCAGAGUUCCCGGGCACGGGGAGGCAAAGGAAGAGACACUUCCCAGUCCGCUGCCGGGCUCCAAGCCCAGCGGAGUCUGAGAAGUCAGCCCUCGCAGGAGGCUCGCCCUCAGUGGCGCCCACCCAACCCUUUGCUAGACCAGUGGCUUCUCGAGACAAGCCACGGACCCUCCGGGAGAGUAAGAUCAGCUAGAGGGCCAGACGCCCACACAGCAGGCCGCAGGGCAGAGAGCUAAGAGCAGGAAUUUCCUAAGCAAGUCUGCCCAGGUUCCAAGUCUAGUCCUGCCACUCGCUAACCAGCGUGUGACCUUGGGCAACUUCGUCUCUGUGCUGUGGUUUUUCACCUGUCACAUAAAGUGCUUAGAACAGUGUCUAACAGGGAGCGUCCGUGGCACCCUUUAAAGGUUAAGGCUACUACCGGAAAUAACUAGAAGAUUGGACAAGUGACAGCAGACACACCACAUUCUCGGGGUCUGUGCAGCCUCGCGAGGGAAUAGGUCAGUGCAGUCAGGGGCUGUGAGGGGGGCGCUGCAUGCAGAAGGUGGGGUUCAGGCAGGGGAGGAGUCGGCGAGGAGGGCAGUUACUGAAGGUCCUGCAAGAAAGUCUCCUCUCUUCAAGUAGUCCCCGACCACACAGAAACCAGAGCUCCGCCCAGCUCCUCGGUCUUUCUGAGCAGUGGCAGAGCCCUGGUUUUUCUCCCUUGACGUCCGUCCUAUUGCUUCUGCUCUCACUUCACCCUGGGAUCUGUGGGUGUCAGCCGGACACUGGCCUCAGGGUCGCCAGAGGCUCCGUGGAAGCAGGGUGGCCCUGGCCCUGCAGCCGGGCGGUGGGUGGAGGGGCAGCGGAAGUGGGGAGGAGGGAAGUCCUCGAGCAAGGCCGAGUCCAUGCCCAGCCGGUGGGGGUGAAGGAGAAGAGGAUGCAGCAGGUGUGUCCUCUUGCAGGUUUUUGUCGUAGGACAGUGGGACUAGUUUACCCCUGAAGCAAACGGAGCGCGUGGCCAGGGUUUAUGGGGUAAAGCCCGCCUUCACCGUGGCUUCUCACCUUCAGCACUCAGGACACUGGGGCCAGAUAACUCUGGGUUGUCGGGCCCGUCCUGGCCUGGCCUUCCCCACCACUGCCUACCACGUGUGGCUGUGUGCUGUGGUUUUUCAUCUGUCACGUAAAGCUGUCCCUGUAAGCUCGGGACUCUGCCACCUGUUCCCUGGGAGCAAAAUCAGCCGCAUGCGAUCCCCUGAUCUAGGGUGACAGGUCAGAGUGGGAUGGUCAGGCCUAGAACGGGCAGCCCUGGUCCCAUCUCCCGGCUGUCCCGGCAGGAUUUUCUCGCCCCUUGCCGUGGUGCAACCCGCUGUGGGAAGGGGCUCUUCCAAUCCUUUUUCUCUGUCUGACUUGGCCUUCCCUUUCCUCCUGCUUGCUGGAGAGCCGGGGCCCUGCAAGGAGAAGAUGGGAGUGCUCUCUGUGGAGGAGCCUGGGACCCAGAAGCCGCCCACCCCGUCCUCUGGGGAACCGCCGGAGGUCCCGAGGGGCUGCAUCACGGAACCCGACAGACUGCGGCGUCCCUGGCCCAGCUAGGAGGCCCCGCGCUGGCCUGCCGCAGAGCUCCCGUAGGAGCAGAGCUCCUGGGGAUGUGGCCUCAGAGACCCCUGUGCUGCCCUGGCCCUGGUGCUCAUGGUGACAGGCUCUGGGAUUCUAGGCUGCCCUAGAAUCUUGGUGUGGUGGGGCCUCUUGGUGCCGGGAAGUGGGCCGGGACCAGGUAGUUAGGCCCAUGUCCCAGAGGCUGGGGAACCAGGAGGUUCCCAGCUUGUCCGCCAAGCCCUUCUCUGAGGAGGCGGCAACUUCAUAGCAUUUCCACCUGCGGAAGGGUCUCACUUCAAGCUCAUUUUUUUUUUUUCUUUUUUUUUCCGGUCUUUUUAGGACUGCACCUGUGGCAUAUGGAAGUUCCCAGGCGAGGGGGAGAAUCGGAGCCAUGGCCUACACCACAGCCACAGCAAUGCUGGAUCCUUAACGCACAGAGCAAGGCCAGGGAUCUAACCCAAGUCCUCAGGGAUACUAGUCAGGUUUAUUAGCCACUGAGCCACAACGGGAACUCCCUCAAGCUCAUUUCUAAGGUGCUUCAGGAAAUAGUCCCAUCAUGAAAGACUUUGCUCCCUGUUCUGGUGGUAAGAGGACUUUUCUGAAGUGGGUUGGGGGUGGGAGUCUUUAAGGAGCACCCCAGCCCCUGGAUAGUUGGAGAACAUUCCAGAGACUACCCACAGAAGACAUGUUGGGAGGGGCAGGGGAUGACCAGGGCUAGGGACAGCUAGCCCAGCUCUGGGAUCUGUCACCUAGGCUCCAUGGCAGGGGAUCCACAGCUUCCCAUGGGAGACAUGGAUCAGAAAUCCUCGGCCUCCUCCCAGGGCCUCCUUGAAGAUGAGCAAGCCAAACCCCUUCACAGGAGCACGCCAGAGGGGUGCUCCUGCCUCUCUGACUGGGGGUGGGGGGGUUCCCUGGAGGGUGCCUGGCGCUUACUCCCCUGUAACGUGCUAAACCCGGGUUUUCAGUUUUGGGGUUUUUUUGUUUUGUUUUUUUUUUUAGGGCCACACGUAUGCUAUAUGGAGGUUCCCAGGCUAGGAGUUGAAUUGGAGCUGCAGCAGCAGGCCUACAGCACAGCCACAGCAACGCCAGAUCCUUAACCCACUGAGCAAGGUCAGGGAUUGAGCCCCUGUCCUCAUGGAUGCUAGUAGGAUUCAUUUCCGCUGCGGCACAGCAGGAACUCCUGAGCCCAGGUUUUCUGUGGAGCAGAGUGGACAGGACAAGCUUGCACUUGGAGGACUUGGGAUCUGCUCCCAACUCUGCUGCAGGCAGUGGUUCAACUACGACCACUUCCUUCCUCCUUUCUGUGCCUUGCUUCUCCCCCAUGAGGCAGCAGCAGAGAAUCCAAGUGCCUGAUGGUGCCCAGGCUGCCGCAGGACUGAUGACAGUGCCGCUAGCUCUCUCAGAGACAGCGGGUUGCAGGAUGGAUGUGCCUGUCUUUGGCCCCUGGCCUUGUCCCUUGCCACCAAAGUCCUUAUUAUGGGAAGAGGUGCUCUCAACACACCAUCAGCAUAACGGCCCAGUCCAUUCUUUCUCAGGGAUGCUCUGGGGACCAGCCUGGGAAUCAUUAGGGGUGUCUGUUUGUUUAUGUUCCACUCCUAACCGGCCUGUCAGAUCCCCGGGACUGUUUUCAGCAAGGCCCCAGGAGGGGUUCCCUCAAGCCUAAGAACCCCCCAAGGGCAUAGCAGGGUGGUCUACACUAUUUGGUUCCCAUUGCCCUCUCCCCAUCCCCCAUCUCCCCUUCUACCCGGAAGUAAAGCACUUUUUUCCCCAGGGCAGCUGCUUUGGGGUAGGCUCCUAGGCUGCUCAUCUGGCUAAAGGUGAUGCAGUGUGUGGGUCCUGACUUCCUAACUGCAGGUGGGAAACCAGGGGAGGUUAGAGGGAAGGGCUUCUUUGCCAUUGCCUUUCUCUUGUUUCAGCCAGGCUGGAAGUAGCACUCCGUCCUGGCCUUGCUGCCCAGCUCCAGGUGGGUCCUGCUCUGCGCUGCUAGUCCAAGCAGUCUGGCCCAAGCCCAGCGGUUGGUCCACUUUCCACUCCUAGAAGGUGCCAAGAUGCUGGCACCAAGGGUCUCGCUGUCUAGCAGAACCCUUGGUUUCCAGGGUUUCUGACUCUCCAUUCCCAUAACCCCACCCUUAGCACUUAGCCUUAGCACUAUCACUUUCCUGCUUUCCUCGUCCUUCGAGUCAGAAUUCCGUUUUUGCCUUCUGUGUUUAAACUGUGGCACUGUCUCCUUUUAGCCCUGUGUCCUGGGGGCUGAGGUAUACCACAGCCCUUGAGCUCUGGUGGUGUUUCUAUCCAUUUGGCCAAGAUGGAGCCCAGGCCUCCCUCCCCCAUUCACAUAGGCUUCUGUGGGGAAUUCAGGGAUGUGCCUGAGGCCAGGUGCCUCAGUGUGAAUUGGCCGGAUGGAAGAGAGAAGGACCCUUUAAGGUGGGGGCUAUAGCCUCCACCUUAUCCAUAGGGAUUCAAAUUGAGGCGACUUUACGGCAAGCGGCAAGCGUCAUUCCCUUGCAUCUUCCAUCCUUUAAAAGCCUCAGAGCAGGAGAUGUGUCCCGUAGUCAGCACUGUGUGUGGUGUCACCUAUACAAUUCGCUGUGCAGGUCUAGGCCCGGAGGUGGAAACCAGGUAGGGUCCCUCCCUGGCCCUCUACACCCCUGUUCAGGAAGCCUCCAGUGCCAGCUUGGAAGCCUCCAAAGAACUUGGUCUCCUUGGGGGCGACUGAAAAUGCUAUUUAUCAUGGGGAUGUGCACUGCCCAGCUUCUCGAGGGGCACAGGCGUGCUCUGGCUCCCCACUGUCAGCUAAUGACACAGAGGACAACUGUUGAUUUGGGGCAGGACCCCAGGGCUGAAGCGUGGGGAGCUCCCUUGCCCAGCUGGCCUCUUUGUUUUAAGAGACUUGCUGCAUUCGAACCCCAGGGCCUGGAGACCCCCUUGUUGGAGAGCCUUCUGGUUUUUUGCCUCACCGUAAAUCAAGCCGAAGGGCAUUGGGAAGGGAAGAAGCAAGCACUGGGUCUUUGGCCAGAGCCCUAGCCCUGCCUCCACACUCCUCUACCUUGAUUUCCAGAGGUGGAUGGCCACCGGGCUCGACAUUCUGAAUGACCAGCAUCAGAACUGACAGUUGAGUUCAACAGCCAUAGAGGCCAGGCCCUGUCCUGGCCAGACAUGCUGCAGUGUGAUCUACUCCAGAACGUUCGCAUCCUCCGAAGCCCAGGUUGAGUUCCUAGGGCGCUAAAUAUUUAGCAGGACCGUUCCCUCCUCCAGGUGUCUGUCAGCCAAGGUCACCCCAGGUGAUUGGCCUAAGAAUGUCCCCUCUGCUUUAAAAAAUAAGGUUUAAAACAUAAUGUUUGAUUCUCAGCCUUUUGCUAUAUGAAUAAAGCAGAGUUGAUUUCGACACAUGCCUCAGUGCUGUAAAUCCUCUAAGCCAGAACCAGGAAACUGGAGGAGGCGAUCAAAGCUAAUUACAUACCCAGCGCUUAGGAAAGCUCACCCAGGCACCUGAGCGCCGCGGGUAGUGCGCAUGCGCGGGCCGGGCUGGCGUCCUGCUGCGCAUGCGCGGCACCCACAGCUGGGCCCCUGCCGGAACGCACCGGAGCAUCUGCAUCUCUGACCCGCGUCCCCGCUUGGACAUCCCGCGGCCGGCCAUGACGGCGCACUCCUUCGCCCUCCCGGUCAUCAUCUUCACCACGUUCUGGGGUCUUAUCGGCAUCGCGGGGCCCUGGUUCGUGCCGAAAGGACCCAACCGCGGAGUGAUCAUCACCAUGCUGGUGGCCACUGCUGUCUGCUGCUACCUCUUCUGGCUCAUCACCAUCCUGGCUCAGCUGAACCCCCUGUUCGGGCCCCAGCUGAGGAAUGAGACCAUCUGGUACGUGCGCUUCCUGUGGGAGUGACUGCUGCCACCUCCUCGGCCCCAGGUGCCCUGGCUCUCUGGAUGACCUUGGCUCCACUGUUCUCCAUGACCCUUUAUCACCCCCAUGGCUGUGUCUGGUCCCUCUGUGCUCUCUCCCCCAAGGCCCAUCUGUUUCUGGAAAGUACCACCUUCCCUGGCCAGUCUGGGCCUCGGGAAGCCCCGAGCUCAGAGCCAGGCUGGAGCAGCUGUCCAGCCCUCAAGUCCCCACUGCCCCCUCCCAAGUAGGUCCUGGCCAAGAGCUGACGAGGGCGUGGUCAGCCUUUUACAAAUGGGGCAGCCCUAGGAAGGCCUGCAUCCUGUGGGGUAGGGGCGUCCAGCCCGGGGUGCUCCGAGCCUGGGGUGGGCCAGGGCCAGGCGGAAGCCCUGGCUGAGGAGUCAGGGGACCAGUUAUCGUCAGCCCUGCCCCCGUCCUGCUGCGUGACCCCCGAGCAUCAGCCUGUGUGGGCCUUCUCCCCUGUGAGGUGGAUGGGCAAAGGCCUUUCUUGGAGUUCUCCUUUAAUUUUCUGACACAUUUAGAUGUGAAAUUUCUGAAAAUGUUGAAGUAAUGGAAAACCAUUCACACACAAAAGCGACGUAAUAAUUUGGAUCAAGAUUGAAACCCUGGAGUUCCCGCUAUGGCGCAAGGGGCUCGACAGCAUCUUGGGAGCACUGGGACACAGGUUCGAUCCCUGGCUCGGCACAGAGGGUUAAGGAUCUGGUGUUGCCGCAGCUGCGUCUUGGGUCUCAAUUGUGGCUGAGAUCUAAUCCCUGGCCCAGGAACUGGGGGGCAGUCGAAAAAAAAAAAAAAGGUGGAAACCUAUAUGUUUAGCCUUCCUUAGAGUCUCAAAGUCACUCAAACUGACUUGCUCAGCAAGUGCUGUCUCCGUAGAAUACCCUGUCCCCCCAACCAGGGCCUCCCUCUGUGGGUAAAUCCCGUCCCUUCCCAAGGCUCAGUCUGAGCACCAGGGGAGCAGAAGAAACAGCAGCUCCUGCCCCAGCCUAGAUUCUCCUACAUUCAGCUGCCUCGGGGGCAGAUUUGAGGGCCCCUCAGGACGGAGGUCACCUGGGGCAUAGGAGGGUGAAGAGGGACAGGUGUAGGCCAGGUGUGGGUGGCGCUGUGGUGAGGUGUAGGCAAGGUGAGGCCAGUGCCAGACCUAUGCCGGGGGUGCUGUGGGGGGUGGGGGGCACCUGGCCUGUCGAGGGCUGGGGCCCCCAGGUGGUGCCCUCACUUCUCAGGGGAGCUGGGGCUGAGACCUCAGAUACUUGGCCGUAGUCCCAGAGCUAGUUGGAGUCCCCUGACUUGGCUAUGCCACGUUGCCUCCCUGGGGAAAGAAGCCAGUCUCUCGUAUUUAUUGGCUGUUUAUUGGAUUGGCGCUCUGUUCAGUGGGCAGUGUUUCUGGAGUGGUGGAGAACGUGCAUAUGUCUCAUCUGUGUUUCUUGGCUCUGGGCUUGGCUUGUUGCUCAGACUGGGCCCUCCUUUUGACAGCCCACCUGCCCCCUUUCAAACUCCCUUCCUGUGCUGACCUCUGUGGCCCUCCUGGAGUGGGGGUUGUGGGGUCUAGAUUGUGCUGGAAACCUGACCUGUGUCUAGUGACUUGUGGCUGGUGGGGAAAUUACUGUUUGGUGGCUGCAUCCUGGCUGAGGCUAGAUUUGCUGGCUGCCGCCCCCGGCCCACCCAAUCCCCCUUUCCUUGGAGGGUGGAUGUGGGGACAGGAACAGGGACUGACAGCUGCUUGGAGCUGCAGCUCUGGGACGUGGACACGGAGAACUCCAUUUUUCUGAGCCUGGAGGAGACAGCGGCUUCCCGGAUUCUGCCCAGAACCAGGCCUGGCAGGAGGAGGACAGAGGAAAUUUGCCCAUCAUUUAUCUGUGCCCCGGGUGACAGAGUGCAUGGCCUCUGGGGGUCUGCAAUAAAGCAGGUCCCCAACA